AUGUGCGCGGCAGCACUGAGCUACGGAGUAAACAGCCGCUAUCUUGACUUAAGAUGGCGGCCGGCGGUAGUUAAUAAAUUCUGCUGCGUCACUGUGAAUUCACCUGUCUGCAGGUUUAACCACCGAGAAACGGAGAAGGUGGAGCUGACCGACGUCUACACGGAGCUGAAGACUGGAGUCGUUCUGAUCCGUCUGCUGGAACUCAUCUCCAGAGAAACGCUGCCGACACCCAGCCGAAGGAAACUCAGAGUCCACUGUCUGGAGAACAACAGCAUCGCCAUCAGCUUCCUGAAAACCAAGAUUCGGGUGGAUCUGAUUGGUCCAGAGAAUGUGGUGGACGGAGACCGGACGCUGAUCCUGGGUCUGCUGUGGAUCAUCAUCCUGAGGUUCCAGAUCGGACCCAUCGACCUGGACGAGGCUGGAGGUGGAGGCAGCGUCGCUCAUCGCUCGGCCAAGGAAGCUCUGCUGAUCUGGUGUCAGAGGAAGACUUCAGGCUACGACGGCGUCAACGUUCAGGACUUUUCCUCCAGCUGGAGGGACGGUCUGGCCUUCAACGCUCUGAUCCACGCCCACCGACCUGACCUGUUCGACUACCGCCGUCUCCAUGGCGACGACCCCCGCCGUAACCUGGGUCACGCCUUUAUCCUGGCGGAGCGAGAGUUCGGCAUCAUGCAGCUGCUGGACGUGGACGACAUGGUGGUGGCUCACCCCGACGAGAAGUCUAUCAUGACCUACGUGUCGCUGUACUACCACUACUUCUCCAAGAUGAAGCAGGGGCAGACCUUCCAGAAGAGGCUUGCAAAGAUUGUCAGACUGCUGAUGGAACUGGAUGGCAUGAAGGUCCAGUAUGAGAGGAUGGUGUCAGAUCUGCUUCAUUGGAUCAAAACCAAGGUGGUGCAGCUGAAUGACAGAAGAUUCCCCAACUCUCUGAGGGAGAUGCAGACUCUGGUGACAGCUUUUAAAACCUACAGAACUGUGGAGAAACCUCCUAAAUACCAGGAACGAGGAGUGAUCGAAGCUCACCUGUUCAGCCUGAAGACUCAGCUGGUGGCCAACAACCAGCGGGCCUACAAUCCUCCAGAAGGUAAAACCCUGAGCGACAUCGAGAAGAGUUGGGUUUUACUGGAGAGAGCUGAACACGAGCGAGAACGAGCCCUGCAGGAGGCGCUGCUGCGCCUGGAGAACCUGGAACAGCUGGCCCAGAAGUUCAACAGGAAGGCGGCUCUGAGGGAGGGUUACCUGGAGGACACGCUGCGUCUGAUCCGGAGGCAGGACAUCCGAGGUUUGUCCACGCUGGAGGAGGCUCUGGCAGCCGGUCGGCGUCUGGAGGCUCUGUCCACCGACGCUCUGGCCAGAGAGCCUCGCUUCACGGCCCUCAGAGACAUGGCUAAGUCCAUCGAGAGAGGAAACUACCACAGCAAGGAGCAGGUCAUCAGGAGGGAGGAGAACAUCAGCCUCCGAUGGAAGGACCUGCUGCAGCAGCUCCAGGAGCAGAGGGUGCUGCUGGGAAAUGUAGUCGACACUCUGAGCAUCCUCAGAGACAUCGAGCUUGUCUCCCAGGAGCUGAAAGAGCUGCAGUCCCAGGCGAGCUCCUCUGAUCUGGGGAGGCAGCUGGCCGAGGUGGAGUCUCUGCUGCAGAAACAGGACCUUCUGGAAGCUCAGAUCUCCUCUCACGGUGAAACCAUCGCCGCCAUCAGCAGCAGAGCGCUCAAGGGGAAAGUCCGAGACGGUCAGCAGAUCCAGAGCAGAGUGAGAGCUCUGGACACUCAGUACAAGUCUCUGGUGUCUCUGAGCAGCAGCAGGAGGAGGCAGCUGGAGGCUCAGCUCCGGCUCUUUGAGUUCUUCUAUGACGGUGAGGAGCUGGAGGCCUGGCUCUACGAACGCUGGGUGAAGCUGCAGACCGCUGGGCUGGGACGAGACCUGAACCACAUCCAGCUGGCUCAGCACAAACACAAGGUGCUGGAGGCAGAGCUCCAGGCCCAGGAGUCUCUGUAUUGGGGGGUUCUGGGUCGG